AUGUUAGUCGUAGGAAAGAUCCUAGGCAUGACUCUUAUUCACACUGUGACUCCAAGAUUCCUCAUCGCCAAAGGCCGCAUCCAAGACGCCCGCGACAGCGACAUCCUUGUCUACCACCGCGCAGGCCGCGACGAAAACGCACCCCUGGUCGAGGUCGAAAUGAAGCAGAUCCAUUUGAGCCUCUGUCAAGAAGCAGAGAAAGAGAAAGGGGGUCUCACAUGGAGUCGUGUCCUCUGGAGCCCCGCUAACAGGAAACGCCUGCUCAUCUCUGCAGUCACUGGAAUCGGUAGUGGGAUGAGGAGAAGGGGUGGUCGAGAUGACGUAUGGGGAGGAGGUUGA